AUGAUACUACACACCUCAGCACCCGAAAGCCGCCUCAGGCGUGCCAUACACGCUCUUCCCUUCCUCCUCAUCUCAGCUGUCAUGUCCCGCGCCUUCGCAAUGGCGAAGCCAAUCGGUCCUAUAAUCGAAGGAUCUGUCAAAACCUCCGUCUUUACAGCACAAGACGUGAACGUGCCUAUCAUCAAGAAAUUUUAUGGCGUACCUGUUCUAGAUGAUGUUUUCGCUGUUGUUACAGUUGCCUUUGCGCAUUUGCAGUUCUUUACGAAUGAGGAAGCGUAUUGGCAGCUUUUGGUGUUCUUGACGGACUUUGUGGGGAUGUAUGCUGUUGUGAUGAUCGAGGGAUAUAGACCGGGGAAUACGUUUCCUGUUAUCAAAUACCCUGUUGUAUUUCUGUUUCUGUCCCAGAUGUUUGGCAUAGGCUGUCUUGCACCAAUCUUCUUCUUCUUGUUCUACAUCUUCACGCCUGCUUACAAACUUACAACACCGAGUCUGUAUCGUCCUGGUGUAGCGCCUUGCAUGGCCCUUUUGCCUACGGUUGUGCUGGGAUAUUAUGUCACGCACUUUCCAUCAUUCUUUCACCCUUCUCUUGAGGCGAGGAAUUGGUGGAAUUGGAUUUGGCAGCUGUUUCCUAUCUGGGGGUCCAUCAUCAUGCUUGUGCUAUCGAAGAUCAUUCCUCAACCAAAAGAGCAGACACCAAGGAAAUGGAGGCAAGAGCUUAAUGCCAUUCGACUCACGAUUGGGGUUAUCAGUACCAUAAGCACGAUAACAUGGUGGUAUACCAUUCUCAACAUGGACUCCAGCAUCUUCGAGGUCUUUAUUCCUCAGCACUUUCUCAACACGCCGCAAGAGCCAAUCCUCGGACUCCGAACUGUCAUUCAAUUCGAUUACAUCUGCUGUUACUCAGCUGGCUUUCUGUGGUUGGCGUAUCACUUCAAGGACCUUGAGAAUGUUGGGGUCUGCAGUAUUUCAUGGAUCCGAGCUGGCUGCGCUUCUGUUGUGCUGGGAUGUUUACUUGGACCGGGAACCAUGUUUCCUCUUAUUUGGCUUUUGAGAGAGGAGUUAUUGGUCGCGACACAGCCUGAUGUGAAGAAAUCUGAGAAUUAG